CACGAAACACGAGGAUCAGUGCUGUUACUGGAAAAAUCGGAUGAGCAUUACUUUGGUUAGUAAUAAGUGAAGUGAAUUAACCAUGGGUAAGCUAAAUGUAACGGUCCUCCGUUACCUCAGCAAGGAGGACUUUCGUAUAAUGACGGCGAUCGAAAUGGGCAUGAAAAAUCAUGAGCUUGUACCGGGAGCGUUGGUUGCAGCGAUAGCAAGUUUGAAAAAUGGUGGCAUACAUCGACUCUUACGUGAACUUUGCAAACAAAAACUACUAUCCUACGAGCGUGGAAAACGAUACGAUGGAUAUCGCCUAACGAACAUGGGCUACGACUAUUUGGCUCUCAAAUCGUUGACCCUACGCGGAUCAAUCUCAGGAUUCGGCAAUCAGAUCGGAGUGGGAAAAGAAUCCAACAUUUACACCGUAGUUGAUGAGGAAGAAACUCCACUCUGUCUAAAGUUACACCGGCUCGGACGAAUUUGCUUCCGCAACAUCAAAGAAAAGCGUGACUAUCACGGCAAGCGGCAGAAGAUGAGCUGGUUAUACUUAUCUCGCAUAUCUGCUACACGCGAAUUUGCAUACAUGAAAGCCCUCCACGAGCGUGGCUUUCCCGUACCGAAGCCCAUCGAUUUUAACCGACACUGUGUAAUCAUGGAGUUGGUCGAUGGCUACCCCUUGUUAAACGUGUGCGAAGUUGGCAACGUAGAAGCCCUGUACGACGAUCUUAUGAACCUGAUCGUGCGACUCGGUAACUGCGGUGUGAUUCACGGUGAUUUUAACGAGUUCAACAUAAUGAUUACGAAAGAUCAGGUUCCCAUACUGAUCGACUUUCCGCAGAUGGUAUCCACUUCCCACCCGAACGCCGAAAUGUUCUUUGACCGGGAUGUCCAGGGUGUGCGUGAACUAUUUCGGAAAAAGUUUGGGUACGAAAGUGAGGAAUAUCCACGCUUCAGCGAUCUGGAGCGCAAUGAUGAACUCGACCGGGAGGUGCUUUGUUCCGGGUAUGGAUUCACCCAGGAGAUGGAAGACGAUCUUCUGAAAGAAUAUCAUCCUACCGGCGAGGAUAAUCUUGAAGACUCGGAUGGCGAUGAGUGCCUCGCAACCUCGGACACUGAAGAAGCUAGCGAGGGGCAGCAGAUGCCUGAGGUCGAUGAGAAAGAGCUGGAGGAAUGUCGCCGAAAGUUGGAGGAGGAAAUCAAGUUGUCGGAAAAACCUACACUAAAACCUGUUAAAAAGAGCGAUCCGAAUGCAGCCAUUUUCAGUUACCUAAACUCAAUGUCGAUCCAGGACACUCUUGAAACCCCCGAGAGGGAUGUGCUGGAACAAGCUGAACAGCAGUCCAACAUUGGCGAAGAUUUACCAGCGGAUAGCACAAAUGCAAUAGAUACGCAAACUACAGACAUUGGCGAGGCCAGUGAACGUCCAACAUGCGUCGAAUCGGACAAUCCGGAUACCGAUCCAGAAGAAGAAACCAUCGAUCCGAAUUCGCGCCAGUAUAGGAUGGCGAUGGUACGAAAGCUCCUUAAUGAUGCGCGUAGUGUUCGCUCGUACUCAACCACAGCAAGUACGAUCGCACCGUCGGUGAUCAGCGAUCGGAUAAAGGGAGACAUACUUCAGCGUGAGAAAAAAGAAAUGAAAAAGCGAUGUGUCCCGAAGGGCGAAGCGAGCGCGGUACGUCGUAUGCGCAAGGAUAACAACUACGUGGUAAAGGAACACCGUGGUUGGGAGUUUUAAGCACAUACUGGAGAUUAUUCUACGGAAAUAUGUUAUCUCUACAACAUCCUGUUUAAAAGAUUAUACUAAAUAUAUGCUAAGUAUCUUCCAAUACAUGCACUAUGUUUCCGCUUUUAUAA